UACCUGGAGGAGGAAAAAAGCCAGUUUAUAGCUUGAAAUUAACUCAUCUUAAAAUAACACACUACCGUUCACUUUCAAAUAAAAAAAUCAAAGGCAUAGUACACACAUUCCCAAAUAUAAUUCACUUAGACUUUGAAAAAAGCAUAGAUCCUACAGGUAAAGUUCUAAAGCUAAUAGCGAAAUUAUACCCAAAUUUGGAGUAUCUUAAUAUAUCUGCUUUACGUGGAGGAUUUAAAUCAGAAAAUGAUAUAGGUUUAUCUGCAAUUGCAAACUCAUGCUAUAAUUUAGAAUAUCUAAAUAUUUCCAAUCGCACAGAGUUUUCCGAACAAUCAAUUUGUAAUGUUAUUCGUUCUAACCCAAGGCUCCAACAACUUGAUCUUAGCUUUUGUAAAAUUACCGAAAUAACUAUCGAAGAAAUUGCUAGAUCAUGCCUUAAUUUAAAAUAUCUUAAUUUGAGAGGGUGUUAUAAAAUUAGCAAAGAGGCUAUAGAUCAGCUCAUUUCAUUUAAUCCGAAUAUCUAUGUUGAUAAUUUUGUGGAUACUAUAUCGCCUUCUGAUCUGAUUGGAGUGGUUAGAAAUCAUCUUACACAGAACAACAUUGCUAGUAGACAGAUUUUAGCUCAGAGCCUUCAGAGCCUUUUAGAUCUAAGUAUGCGAGAUAAUUUGCAGUGGUAUUCUGAUCCAGGUAACAUCCCCGUAGACCAGCAAAAGUUUAGCUUCACGGACUUCAAGUUUAAGGGCAUACUAGGUGAAGGACGAAGCGGAAAGACGCUCCUUUGUAUAUUUCGUGAUGAGACUAUUGCUUUGAAGAGCGUUGAUUUAUCAAAAGCCCCACCAUACGUCCUGAAAGAAAUGCAAAAAGAAGUUGAGAUUUACAAAGACCUUGCUGAUAUUCAAGGCAAAUAUAUCCCAAAGUUGAUCUGUUAUGGAUAUUAUGGAGGAGGUAUGAGUUUCGUUAUCGGCAUGACCAUUGUUGGCACUAUGUUGAGCGACCAAAAAAUAACGAAACGUCAAAGAGAUGCUUCGCAUAAUUCUUCUAAUGAUAAUACCCCUAAUGAUAAUACCCUCAACAAUAAUAACUCAUCUAACUUUGCUUUAGCGCCUUCGGCCAAUUCGGGUGCGAACAACACCACCGCUACUUCUUAUGUACCAAUUGGGAAGUCAGAUGUGUCUAAAAUUACUAACUGUACUUCUUCAGAAUUAUCUGGUGGACUCAGAGAGGCUCUCUCUCAUAGAACAGAGGUCAUUGAAGAUAACACACAGCUUCAAGUCCAGGAAGGUAUUACCAACCCCAUUGUAGAUUCAAAAAUACCACGUGAUAUAAAAACCGUUCCCUCAGGGAACGAUCAGAGUCAUAUGAUUUCAGGUGAACUGGAUCUUCUGAAAACUGAGCAAGACGAUGACGUGAUUCAAGAGGAAUCGCUUGAUGAAAAUCAAAUCGUAGAACAAGGCCUAAUACAUGAAUUAUGUUCACCUAUAUCACCUGAAGAAGUCCCAGAUGGACCAGAUAAUGUCAACUCUACCGAAAUCAUAAGCUCUUACGUUAGUUUGGAGAAUAUGAUUUCGGCGGAAACUUCAUAUACAAUGGGCUUCAUAUGUCAUCUAGCAAGGUAG